AUGGGACAACAGCAAGCAAAAACGGAACAACCGGAGGAGCGUCUCCGGAAGUUUUACGAUGCACAGUUCGAAAAUCAGUUGAUUGCCGACAAUCUGAAGUGGGCACAAGAACGAGCAGUGGAUCUCCUCGUCCGUCGCGAUCAAUUACAAUGGGAAGUGCUCGCAGCGGCCACGACGACCACCGUUCUUCUUGCCGCUGGAUCAAUCUACAAACGAAAAGAUUUGAUCAUUCCCAUCGUUCCACUCAUUAUGGGAUGCGGAUAUCGAUACGACGUGGCACAUGGAGAUAACCGGCAAUUAGUUAGAGAGGAAGCAGAGAAAGUGUUGAAGACUCCAGAAGACUUACACAUGCUUCCGCAAAUCACAUUAAAACAAAUUGAUGAAUUUAGGAAUUUAAAUUUACAACGAUAA